AUGGAGAUUAGGACACGACGACGACGUCCACAAAUACGGGAGAUAAAGGUGGGACAGAAGGAAGAAGAGGAGGGGCAACCGCUUAGCCCGGCUGCGCGUCUGUUCCACGAACCGGAGUUUAACUGCAACAUCAUCUCGGUGGUUGGUUUGAAGAGCAAGAUCAAGCCAGAUGUGAUUAUCGAAGGAAUAAAUCAGACUUUGAUUAGACAUCCUCGUUUCUCCAGCAAAUUGGUGAAAAGUGGUAACAACAAGAGACAAGAACAAAAAUGGGUUCAGACAAACGUGGUGGCAGAGGAUCAUGUCGUCAUUCCCAAAAUCGAAAUGCACAACAUAGAGAACGCAAACGCAGACGCUUUUCUCGAUAACUACGUCUCUGACCUAACUACAAUCCCCUUAGACACUUCAAAACCACUAUGGGAAGUUCACUUACUCGACUUGAAAACCUCAGACGCUGAAAACGUCGCCAUUUUGAAAAUCCAUCACUCUGUUGGUGAUGGUAUGUCUCUGAUGUCUUUAGUCCUUGCUUGUACACGUAAAGCAUCGAAUCCUAAUGAGCUACCGAGUCUACCAUACCAAAAACGUUCGUUGUCUGAAUCAAGAAGUUAUUCCCGGUUAAUGUGGCUGGUUAUGGUUCUAUGGUCGACGGUUAUGUUGGUUAUCAAUACUUUUUGUGAUGCUUUGGAGUUUAUUGCUACGGCAAUGUUCCUUAGGGACACUGAAACACCGAUCAAAGGCAACUUCCGGUUAAGUUCGAGUAAGCGGAUGUGUUGCGUUCAUCGUACCGUAAGUUUUGAUGACCUAAAGCUAAUCAAGAACGCCAUGAAAAUGACUGUCAACGAUGUUGUACUUGGAGUGUCUCAGGCUGGUCUCUCGCAAUAUUUGAAGAGAAGAUACGAACAGGAUCUAGCUGACAUGAUGGCAAAAGGAUCAAAGUGUACAUGGGGAAAUUGGAUCGGCUACAUAAUAUUUCCAUUCUCUAUUGCAUUUUGCGAUGACCCAUUGGAACAUCUCAGACGAGCCAAGUCCAUAAUCGACAGGAAGAAGAAUUCGUUUGAAGCCCUGCUAACAUUCAUUGUUGGUAAUUUUAUUCUAAAAUUGUUUGGGGUUCAGAGGGCAGCAAAUGUAAUAAAGAGAGCAUUGACAAACACAACGAUGUCAUUUUCAAACAUGGUUGGUCCGAUUGAAGAAAUUAGCUUCUAUGGACAUCCCGUCACUUACAUGGCCCCAAGUGUGUAUGGUCACCCCCAUGCGUUGACGAUGCAUUUUCAAAGUUAUAUGAACAAGAUGACCAUUUCUUUAACCGUUGAUCCAAUGGUCAUUAGUGAUCCUUAUCGGCUAUGUGAUGAUUGGGAGGAAUCUCUAAGAAGCAUCAAAGCGGCUGUCCAAGAACAAAGUUCUACUCAAUAG